AUGCGCCCAUCCGAGGCCUUUGGGCGCCCGCGGCAUGUCGCCGCCGCGGACUCUGACGCUGUGGCGACACCCUUGGCCAGCGGGGGCCAUGUUCUCGCUGGUGGCAACAGCAGCAGCACAGCCGGCAAUGUCGGACCCAGCAGUAGUGGCAGCGGGGUCGGUGCCAGCCCUAUGGUGACGUACUUUGUGGCCGACGAAGACGAUGUGGACGCCGCUAUCGAAGCUGCUGCCAUCGAGGCGGCCGGCCGCGACCCGGAGAGCUUCAAGGCAGCGCUUCUUCAGAACGCACGGCAUUUUCCACACAACAAGAUGGCGGCAGGCAGCUCGACCCAGGGCAAUACUGGGAAAGCAUCACACGCAGCGGCCCCCAGUCUCACAUUUCCCACAGCUCCCACGGCACAGCCAGCUCGUGACCGCGUGAGUGGUGCUGCCGGCGACGACGACAAAAGCCAGGAACCUCGGCCAAGUACACCCGAUCUCUCUCGACAGCACCAGGCCCGCCACGGGCAUGCCCACUCGAUCACGACCUCGCACCCGCCGUCCUUGCCGCCCAAUUUCUCUCCGCUUUUCUCCCAGUCGACUUCGACGAGCUUGUUCGGCACGCCGGGCCCUGCCUCGCUGUCUGCCACGAGCAGCCCGUCAUCCCGGCAGGACUCGCUAAGUGGCUCGCUGCUGAUGGACGAUCCCUCCGUCGGCGGCAGUGCCGGAGGCGACGGACCGAUCAGUCGUGACAUGAGUUUCGAUCUGGACAGGGGCCCGGGCAGUAUCAGCUUUGGGCCGAGCAUCAGCGGUGCAGGAAUUGCCAGCGCGAAUGAAACGACCCGCGAGACGCCCACGACGGACCGCAUAGCAGCCAGCCGCCGCGAGGCAGACCACUCUUCGUCCGACGCGGCAGGAGCUGCUGCGGCCGCCACGACUGCCUCGUUUCUCCUCGGCGCUUCGUCCGCGGGUUUUUCGACAACCGAUACGGACAGCAUGAUGAUGGACAGCGGCAGUGCCCCGCAGCUGAUCAUGCCCAGCAUCAAGAUGCCGAGUCGGCGGCCGUUUACCGAGGAGGGCAAGAACAUGGGGCGUCUCAAGGUGCUGAUUGCCGGUGACUCAGGCCUCGGCAAAACGUCUCUCAUCAAAGCCAUCGUGCAGUCCUGCCCGCACAUUGUCCACGUCGACCACGUCACGCCGACGUCUUUCUCACUGAGCGGGACACGGCGGUCAUCGGCAGCGACAGCGACAACGACAGCGGCCGUAUCCGGAACGUCCACCACGAACAUGCCCGACGGAGGAGGCCAGAGCACAGUUCGCGCUCGUCGCAAGUCGUCUCGGUCGACUCGCCCAGACCUCUCCACCAACGACAUCACCGAGAUCUAUGCCAGCACAAAGCCGUACCCGACGUGGUGGAACGAGGUCAGCGAUGCGGGUGGCGUGCGGCGGAGAAAGAGUCUCGGUGACAACGUGCUCGACCGAAACAUUUGUUUUGUGGACACACCAGGCUUCACAAGGAAUACAUCGACCAUGGACACCAUCAUGCCUGUUGUCGAAUAUGUCGAAGGGUAUCUCAAGAAGCUCUGCACAAACUCGCUGAGUGACGCAGACUUUGUCGGCCUUGUCAGUGGCGACGGUGGCACUUCCGUCGAUGCCGUGUUCUACAUGAUCUCAGGCCACCUUACGCCGGCUGAUAUCGAAUAUCUGCGGCUUUUGACGCCACUGACGAAUGUCAUUCCAGUCCUGGCGCGGGCCGACACAUUGCAUGCGGACAAGGACAUUGCCGAGGCAAAGGAGACAAUUGCCCGGCAGCUUCACGAGGCGAACAUCAAACCGUUUGUCUUUACGGUCCCGACAGCAACGCAAGACCUGGCCCUCACCUUGGCGUCGUCUUCGGGCCUCCCCCAGCCGUACGCCGUAUCAAGCGCCAACGGGUCCGACCACGACGUGAUGGAUGCCAGCCUGCUCAUGAGCCCCGACUACGUCCAACCGCUGGUCCCGACCGAUCUCGCCGCUCUCGUUGAGCAGGUUUUUUGUCGCGACGGCAUCUCGCGGCUGCGGCAUGCUGCGGCCCAAAAGUUUGCCAAGUGGCGGCGGUCUGACGCAGCCGACAGUCCUUUGCGUCCACAGUCGCUCUACCGGCCGCUCGGCCUGGGCGGCGGAAACGAGCUCGGCAUUCUUCCCGGCAGCCCGGGCAGCGCGGGCGCCCGUCCCGGUGUGCUGACCACGCCGCUCGGGGCGCCGUCGUCGUUUGCGCUGGCCCGCAUCACCGACCACACGCAGCGCGAAGAGCACCUCGCGCGGAUCCGCCUGGCGAACUGGGCGGCCGAGCUGCAGCGCAGCCUCGACAGCGAGCGCGCCCACUACGAGAACCUGGCCCGCAACGAGCGCGCCGUCUGGCUCACCGAGCGGCUGAGCGAGUGUGUCCAGGACGGUACGCUGGUCGCCGUGCCGCCCGCUGCGCGCGACAUUGUCCGCCAAACGAAACAGGAGCAGGCCAAACUCGCCAAGAAGAAAAAGAAGACGGCGACGAAGAGCGCCGGGUGGUCCUUGUCGUCGUCGUCGUCGUCGUCGUCUACCUUUUCGCACGAGGAUCCUCUUGGCCUGCUCCAGGUCACGGCCGGCCUGCGCGCGCGCGGCAUGCUCGUGCUCGAAGUCCUGGGCGGCCUGAGCGUCCUGGGUGGCAUGGCCCUGUGGAUGGCCAGGCACAACUACCACCUGCAGGUGUACGACUGGGUCAUGGGCGAGUGGUCACGGUUGUGGAACGGCGAGCGCUAG